AUGAAUUCGCCGCCAAACUCAUUACGCGAAGAACAACUGAGAGAUCUCUUGGUGAAGUCCGCUCGCGGCCCGCCUUCAGACCAAGAACCCCCCGAAAAGCGGCUUAAACUCGGCGGCCCCCCUUCUCCGGCAACCUCAGGCCCGGCCGUCAUGUCACCGCCCGGUUCCACCGAUACAGCUAUCACUGUCGGUUCUCAUAAUGGCGAUGAGUACGACACCGAGAGCUUGACCGACAGUGUGAGAGAGCACAUGUACGAGAACCGACUACGAUAUCACGCCUACCGCGCAGGACGUUAUGCAUUUCCCAACGAUGCUAUUGAGCAGGACCGCGACGAGAUGAAGCACAUCAUCAGCAUUGAGCUGAGUGGGAGGUACUUCUUUUCCCCUGUCGAUGACCUGAUGGCAAGAGGCGCCGAAGUCCUGGAUCUGGGAACUGGACCCGGUCACUGGCCUAUUGAACUCGCCGAUAUGCAUCCCAACUCUACGUUUCUCGGCAUCGAUUUAUCUCCGAUUCAGCCAAGUGAAGUGCCUCCCAACUGUCACUUCAUGGUCGACGAUAUUGAACACGAAAAUGGAUGGGAUCUAGACGAAGAGUACUUUGAUUUCAUCCAUCUGCGACAUACCCUGCACUCCAUUCGCGAUCGCAACGAUCUCAUGCAACGCGCCUAUAGGCACCUCAAGCCUGGUGGUUGGUUUGAAAUACAAGAACUCGAGUUCUUUCCUUUGUGCGACGACCAGUCCUGCCCAGACGGAGAUGGGUACGGCUUCCGAGUCUUCACGCAGUACCUCGACGCGGGAUUAAGAGUGCUUGGAUCAGAAAUGCAUGGAAUUCGCGCCGCCGCCGAUGAGAUGCGGGCCGCUGGUUUCGAGAACGUGGAAGAGGACAGGAGGAAAUGUCCCAUCGGCGACUGGCCAGCAAGGCCUGAGCUGCGCGAGUGUGGCAUAUUGAUGCGGGAAACCAUCUUGGAAGGUCUCAAGGGUCUGGCGACAAGGCCUUUCAGAGCCCUGGGAUGGACCGAGAUACAGAUCGAGAUGUUCUUGUUGGACGUACGGUCGCACGUCAAGGAAAGGGACUUCCACUCCUAUCUGAACCACAGGACAGUCUAUGGAAGAAAACCGCUCGACGCGCCGAAGCCAUGA